AAACUUCUUAGAAGUUUAAUGAUCAUAAUGAAUAGACCCCAGAUCGAACAAGAACAACAAUUUGUGUACAUGCAUCCAACAUUUCAAAGGACUUCUCGGGAGGAGUUAGAAGCAACCGCGCAUUAAAUCCAACAGAUGAAAUGAUUUGCCAUAAUGCUGAUGAUGAGUGUCGGAAUUGAACAUUCUUUUUUACGAUUCUAAAGAAGAAAAUCUUACGGACCCAUUCUUUUCAACUUGUAGGUACUAGGAGAAUUUAUUAAUUCGGUGAGAUCGCGGAAUAGAUAAAAAUUACCUGAAGGUCGCCCCACAACCGGAAAUUGGCCUGCCCUAGCCUUUCCUUAGGGCCACAGCUGCUAACAUAUUUGAAGUAUUGUUUUGGUUAUGGCGCGUCUGUUUUAUUGAUAAAAGCCAGUGGUACUCCGUAGGGAAUUGCAUUCUUUACCGGCGCCAGUGCGGCGCCUACAAAUAAGAGCAUUAUUAGUUCUCUUUUGAAGGUACCAUUGUCAUGUAAAUUGUUCGGGAAGUCACAUAAUUCUUAAUUAGCUUGGAUUAUUCAAUACUGUUUACGUCCUUACUCUCUAUAGGCUGAGCACUUUGCUGUAUAUGGUUUCUUUCUGGUGUCACAUGAUCGACGAAUAGACGGACAUUUUACAAAACGACGCUCUCAGCUCAGAUUUUGUUCAGCCGUUAACGUACGCGAUCAAAACAGUGUGGAAUUACGACCUUUAGGUAAACCUCUACACGGGUAUCUCAAUUAUGUAAAAAAUUGCUAAUAAUCUUGACAAUUGCAGUAGACUCUUAUUCCAAUGUAGAUCAGUUAUCCUUGGAUUGUAUACUAUCGACAAACUCCUCUCUCUAUUCGUGGGCCCGAAGCACUACGCUUCGUUAACUGCUCUACCGAUCCGUCUGCGAUUCACGAUGCAUUUUUAAAUCCUUUUAGAAUGUAUUACCGCUUUGUGUUGUGUAGUUUCCGACCGACUGGAUUUAAGUUUAUGAUUCCCCAGCUCCCAGAUUUUCAACUAAAUGUUACAGAAGUAAACGUUGAAAUUUAGUCACCGCUCCGCUUCAAAUCUUUCGGGGCAAUAUUUGAAGUACUUUGUCAUAAUCACGAUGUUCGGAACACAUUUCUAUGUAAAGCAGUCAAAGAUAGGUUCUUGUCGUUACAUUUUAUUAAUCUUAUUUAAACGCGUAAAAAGAAUUUCAUGAAGAAUGCAGUUAUUGUUUUCUCGUGGUCGAUUGUUUAAUAAGUUGUCACGAUAUUGUGUUGUCGCAAAAGCUAAAAUUAGACAACAAAAUUACUUGACAGAUUUGAAUAUAUUAGCAUAAUCAACAAAAUUACCAUACACAUUGGCUUUCGCAUUCUCGAAUGAGUGGCCGUCGUUAAGCAAGCAAGGUGAAUGUUUAUCGCUUAAGAAUUGUUAAUCCUACGUUUUGGAGUCAAAAUAUUGGUUUUUGAACUGAUGCCAGGGAAUGAAUGUAUCUUUCUCUCGAUAACCAAUAUAUAUUGUCACACUUCACUGAGUAGCUGUCUAACAACGCUUCGACAAUCUUCAACUUUGGAGAGGCAAGGGGCGCUGGUAAGUGAAAGGAACAUGAAUGACGAGGUUCUAGGACGCUUGAAGCAACUUGCAUCCUCAGUUCAAAAGAAAAGUAAUACUCCGAGAAAGAGUGGGUGUGGCAAGGACGGAGAAGCGAAAAAAGAGGAAGGACCGGAGAAAAACCCAAAACAAAAUAAAGGAGAGGCAGCCAAUACUGAUACAGGAAGCUUAACAGGUACAAGUGGCAGAAUAUCCUGUGUGUCAAUCAGAAACAAUGAAAUAAAAUACGAUUCGCCAGCACAAAGCAGCAAAGAAUCAGGAAAAGACAACGAAAUAAAGAUGGACAUGAAUACGUUCCGUCAGAUGCUCAAAGAAGUGAUGGUGAAGCGAUCCCUUGAAGUAGAAAAGAGAAUAAUGGCGGACGUAGAAUUGUUGAAAAAGCAUAUAUUUGCGUUGGAAGAGGAAAAGAAAACACUGCAGUCCGAUGCAAAACGACUGGAGCAAAAAGUGAAACAAAUCUCUUGCAAACAUGAAAGGCAAAAGCCGCAGAUGAUAUCUUGUGGAACACAAAUUGACAUUGAUCUGGUACAAGGGAAUAGGAUCGUUGAACUUUUAACAGAUAAUUCUAUUCGUGAAAAGCAAGUCUCGUCAAAUAUUGAAAGAACGGGUAAUGCCCAUCAUGCCACGAAUGUAGAUGUUGAGCAAAUUCUCAGGCACCACAUACAUGGCAAUAGAGGAAAUACACACAGUGUUACGACAAGUGAAUUAAGAAGAAUUUCUGAUUUUAAUGCUCGUGGUAACAACAUUACCCAAGAGUUUACAAAGCAGACUGUGCCUUCUUUUGUAAACGAUUGCAGAAUGCCAUCGGGGCAAACUGGACCUGGAAAUCUUACCUUUUCUCCACCUCAAAGACAGCAAGUUAAUUCAGACACUGCACAGGCGUACGCACGAGAAGGCGAAUCAGCUCACAGAGUUUCGCCUGAAAUUCCCAUUGAACAACCGCGGCCCCUUCAAAGGCCUGCGUCUCAUCCACCGGCAAUGCAUGGGACAUCCCCUAAUAACCAUAUACAUAAUCAAGGGCAGUCACCUAUUCUCAUACAGACAAGUCAUGAGGUUUUAAAAUCCCCUUCAGCUACUCUGAGUACAGUUCAGGACAAUUUUCCAGCACGAGUAGGAUGGAAUCCUUCACAACCACAAAAUCAAAACAAUCGUAUCCGAAUGCCACAGUCAAGUCGAGCUGCUGACGUGCCAGUUCACUUGAAACGUGGUCCUCCAAAUAUUUCCGUUUUUGGUGGGCCAAACAAGCGGAGUAAACGAUGGAGUAACGAUGGUUUACAUGUUGUUUCGAGUAGUAACGACUAUGUUAUGCACAACUUUAAGGUAAAACCUAUUAACACGACUGCUGUCCCGAGAGUUGUCCCCAGAAGUGUGGCCCCCGUAAAUCACAGACCUCUUCAACCAAAACCGACUUUACCAAUCUCCCAACCACAGCAAGGAAAUCAAGCAGUGUACACCAUUAGUCCUUCAAGCCAAGGCCAUCCAUCCAGCCAAGGCUAUCCAUCCAACCAUGGCCAUCCAUCCAACCAUGGCCAUCCUUCCAACCAUGGCCAUCCAUCCAACCAUGGCCAUCCUUCCAACCAUGGCCAUCCAUCCAACCAUGGCCAUCCAUCCAACCUUGGCCAUCCAUCCAACCAUGGUCAUCCAUCCAACCAUGGCCAUCCAUCCAGCCAUGGCCAUCCAUCCAACCAUGGCCAUCCAUCCAGCCAUGGCCAUCCAUCCACACCAAGACCAUAUUUAAAUCAAGCUUCUUCCAGUCUUGAAUCUAUACCUCAUCCAACUCUACUUCAAACCAACAAGCCACCGGGGCAGAUCAUAAGUCAACAGUCAUCAGGCGUUCAACCCUCUAUUCAGAAUGCACCUCAUCCCAUUCAUCAGAUGAGUAAGGCUCCCAUUCAGCCACAAAGACUUUCACAAGGUCAGCUUGUAGAGAAGGUUAGUUAUCCUACCAAUCCACCACGACAACCUACCACUGACUGUGGCCUAGGAGUGACACUUACCCACUCACAACCUUCUCAACGUGUAGAGCCAGCGCAUACAUACGGUCAGCCUACUGAAUCCAAUGACAAAGUGUACGUUGUUCGAGAUUACCAGGUAUCUCAACAGAGGGAUCCAAAUCUCACAGUUCCUCUACCGCAAAGAGCUGCUCUGUUUCAAGCCGCUACUCAAGCGCCUCCCGGUGUGCCAAGAGGUCGACAUCCGCCAAUUCAAUCCCCCGGUAUUUCGUCCUCAGCUUCGCCAUCUAACCGUCAUCCAGGAAAUCCUAAUGUAGGAGGAGAUCAGCGUGGUACAGUGAAUCAGUCAGAUACUUUGGUUGCCACAAACGGCGAUUCUAAGGUACAGUUAAGGUCACCACCAAAACCGCAGGCGUCAAUUGUAGUUGUCCAGGAUGACAUUGUUCUUUCCUGGACCAUGAGACUAGAUGACACUAUGGCAGUAAUUGACAAUUAUGAACUAUUUGCUUGUCAAGAUGGUGCCGAAAGCACAAAUCCACCAAUUAUGUGGAAAAAGAUCGGUAUUGUUAAAGCACUCCCACUUCCAAUGGCUUGCACGCUGUCACAGUUCUCCUCUGGGAAUAAGUAUCAUUUUGCUGUGCGUGCAGUUGACGACCAAGAACGUGCAGGCCCCUUCAGUGACCCAUGCACGAUAUCCUUGACUUAAUGGAGUUUUUAGCUGCAUAAAGAAAAGACAUAAAUAUUAUAAGCAACCAAACGCGUCAAAAUGUAUUGAUCCACGGACGAGUGGGGACUCAAUUAAUGGGGCAAAUAUUAAGUGCAAACGAAUGCAGACACCGUAAUUCUUGACCUCUUUAUUUUUGUGUUAUAUUUCUAUGAUUUUUAUAUUUAUAUCUUGUAUUGAUGUACAUUGCUAAAUUGGUGAAAGUUAAGUGAAAACAAAUCCAGACACCCUAAUCCUUGGCCUCUUCGGUUUUAUCAUAUUAUAUUUUUGUAAUUUUACAUUUAUUAUCCGCCAUUUAUGAAGAUUGCUCAAUUGAUAAAGGCUGAGGGCAAACAAAUCCAGACAUCCUAAUUCUUGACUUCUUCAUUUGUAUGUAAUAUUUUUAUAAUUCAAAUAUUUAUCUCAUAUGUUGAUGUACAUUGCUAAAGCUGAAAUCGUAUUUAUUUUUGUACUCGAGAAUUUUCUAUAUUUAGACCAAUAAAUUAACAUGAAAGCA